AUGUUUAGUGGACAUACCGCAAAUAUUGUACUUUGUGCUUGUAUGUGGUAUCAAUAUUCAGAUUCUGCUCCAAUAUUUAAAUUAGAUUGUUUAAGUUCUUGGCCAAUUAACUCUCCAACAGGAUAUCCAUUACGUUUUACAGUUACAAAGGCUUUUGGGUGGAUUAUUUGUAUUGGUGGGAUUUUAUUAUUUUGUGUGACGCACCUUCAUUAUUUUGUUGAUAUUUAUAUUGGAUGUAUUGUUGCAUUCCUCUUAUUCAAACUUUACCAUAAUUACAUACUAACCAUAUAUACAAGAAAUAAUAUUUUUAAUGCUUUUUUACGUUGGUUUGAGCAAGAUGCACCAGAUAUUCCUAGAGAAGUUCUUCCAAUUUAUAAUUCCCAUUUUGAAUAA